AUGCCUAAAUCGAAAAUAGGUGCAGUAUGGGAAGACAGAGAAGUGCUCUUUGAUUUACCAUUCGAGUACUUACGGUUAAGACCGGGUGAGAAGAUAUUUGACAGGAUCGAGCCCAUAGAAGACAGUAAAGGCAACAGUGGCAUCAAAGGCAGGAUGGUGGUCACCAACCUGAGGAUCAUCUGGCAUUCCUUAGCUUCUCCCAGGAUCAAUCUUUCCAUAGGUCUCAACUGCAUCCUAUCAACCAGCACGAAAGUGGUGAGUUCUGGACUGCGCGGAAGCACGCAGGCUCUGUACGCGCUCGCAUCUUACAAGUCCAAUCGCUACGAAUUCAUAUUCACAAACCUGUCGCCGAGUUGCGUACGUCAUUACACCACCGUCGUCGGCGCCCACAAAGCAUACGCAGCCUCAAGAAUGUAUAGAGAUCUAAAACUAAGAGGUACGAUCAUACACAACAAGCAAUUGAAAAUGCUGCCACUAGAAAAGGUCUGCCUGCAAGAGCAUAGCAUAUGGAACUUGUCCAGCGAUUCUGGCAAUCUUGGCACGCUGCUGGUCACCAACGUGCGAGUGGUUUGGUACGCGGAUAUCAACGAGGCUUUUAACGUGUCCAUGCCUUACAUAACUAUAGAAAGUAUCAACAUCCGCGACUCCAAGUUUGGCGAAGCUCUGGUGUUCGUGGUGAGACCUUCGUCUGGGAGCUACGUGCUUGGCUUCAGGGCAGACCCUCGGGACAGGCUGCGGCCGCUGCUGUCAGAACUGCAGGCUCUUCACCAGGCGUACACGGAGAAGCCCAUAUUCGGUGUGGAAAUGACGUGGAGUAAUGAGCAAUCAAAACCUGCCGUUGACGAUAUAGCAGAACUUGAGGAAAUAGGCGAACCACGCGGAGAGAUGGGACCUAAUUUAUAUUUGGCGUCGCAGCUAUCACAGAAUAACGAAGAAACUGAAGUGCAACCUGUUUACAGCCCUUAUUUGGGUCUAGCCAUAGAGCCGUUAAAAGAAGGGUUCACGUUAAAAAGUCUGUUUGAAGUGCAAACUUCUUCAUAG